CGUUCUGCGCACGCGCAGCAGUUUUGAAUCCUCCUUCGCCUCUGCUGUUUAUUUAGCGCCGAGUCUGCGGUGCGGAUCCGGCGGCUCCUGGGCCGCCUCCGGCCGCCGUUUGCCUCUCGGCCUGCGGGGUUUAUUCUUUUUCCGACCCUCCUGGAACCUCGGCCUGCGGGGGCUUCCCUCUCAGGCCUCAGUCGGGCAUCGUGGGCCGGAAACAUGGCCUCCUUCCAUCUGGAUCAUCUAAAAAAUUACCACAGAAGAUUUUGCCGGCCUUCCAGAGCGCCCAACAUUCAAGCAAAGCAAGGCCAGAAUGUGCUGGAUAUCUUACAAGACUGUUUUGAAGAACAAAAUUCUCCAGAGUCCUUGCGUUGUUCCACACCUAAAGUGAAAGAUAAUCAUAAUCAAUCAGCAGGCAAAGAGAUCAAUGUAUUUCUUUGUGCUCAGUGCCAGGCAUCAUGUUCAAAAUCAGUUCCGGGUUCUUCAAGGAGCAAAGAAGCUUUUCUGCAAGUUGCUGCAGAACUGAGUGAAGCUGCUCAUGGAUCAGUUCAGGCUAAUGAAGUUCAUCCGAAAAUUCCAGCUACUGAUGUUUCUAAAAGUACAGCGGACUCAAACAACAUGUCAAGUAAAAAAACAAAUGGUCACCACAGUGCCACCAGUGAUGACUUUGUCUUACCUGGUGGCUCCCCUGUGGUUCUUUUGGGUGCAAAAACGUCUGAAUUGCAGAAUGUUAUUUCAUCUCUUGGCCAAAAUAGAGUGGCUUCCGUCUUAAGAAAUUCAGGAGAUACAAAAUCUUCAAAUACAGACAUUUCUCUUAAAACCAGGAAAAGGUUAAACUUUGAAGAUAAAAGUAUUUUGAACAAAGCAGAAAUAGAGAACAAUGUAUUAGAAGAAGAUAGCACAUCAGAAGUACAAGAAGGAAUAGCAUCAGAAACGUCUCAGAGAAGACAAGAUUUGAGCUAUGAAAUCCAACCACGAUCUAAGAAGAGUUUUUCAGCAUUGUAUUUAGAAACUGUCAAGAGGAAAAGUGAAUCUAGUUCCAUUGUUAGGCAUACAACAGUAGUUCGACCUCUUUCAUCUCCUCCAAAUAACAUGAAAUUAUUAGAAGAUGAAUUUAUUAUUGAUGAGUCAGAUAGAAGUUUUGCAAGUCAACCUUGGGUGACAAUACCAAGAAAAGGCAGACCUCUGAGACAGCACUUGCCAUCUCCUGAAAACAUUGGAACUCCUAAAGAUAAGAAGUCAAGAGAAAAACCUCAGAGUGUGUCAGCUAAGACUUCGAUAAGUGGCUCCCAGUCUCAUAAGGCUCCCCCAAAAGAGAAAUCUCAGCCUUCUGUUGAAAACCUCCUGGGGAUUAGUUGUACAGAUGAAUUGGAAAAUGACUGUAGAUUUACAGAAAAUAAAAUGCAUUCUGAGAAUGCUAAAGAGCCAUCUGGAAUCAAAAGGACUGUAAGACAGCAGCAGAGAAGAGCAUCAAAGCCUACAAUAGUUGAAGAGCAGGUUAACGUGCAACAGGGUAGAAAGGGGAAGAGGAAAAUGCCAAACAUUGGCCGGGACAAGUCACAUGUAAAUUCAGAAAGAAAAAUGGAAGACUGUGAAGAGGUGAGAAAUGAGCCUGUUCCCAAGAAACAGAUGCUGCCUGUUGAAAACAAGAAAAAAAAGCAUAGCACCCAAAAAGAUAAGGAAAAAUCAAAAUCCAGAGAGAAAUGUGUUUCUGGUGGGUCUAAGGACAAAUGUGUGCCUGACGAAGUGUCUCUGAGUGUCAGGAGAAGUUGUAGAAUUUCUCACCAUCCAUCUGAGUGGUGGCUGGUAAAACCAGAGGAAGGUUCUGUUAAUAGGAGUUCUUCAAGAGAAAAUGAAUCGUCAGGGGUGGAUCACAAUAGAAGAAAACGGGCUAAGAAAAAUCAGUUACCUGCGAAUCCUGGGAAAAAACCUUUUCCAUCAAAAAGACAGAAGACAGAGAGCAGCUCGAGAGUACAGAAGUCUUCCAAUGUUAAGGGUUCUAGAGGAAGUGUUAGUCAUGAUGAAAUCUCUGGUUCCCAGAGUGAGCCAUUGGAAAACAAUGAGGCAGACCCAACUCAGAUGAAAAGUCUGGAUAUUUCUGGACCUACACGAGGCUCUAAGUAUCAAAACAGUAUUAUGACUUCACAAAAUGUUCGUUUAAAGUCUCAUACUGGGAAAUAUACAAGUAAGACACCAAAAGAGUCUAUUUCGGAUUCAAGCGAGCCUAAAAAUUCGAUUUGGGAAGAAAGUGGACCUUCCAGGUUCAAGGAUCAUUUAAUGUCUGGAAGCAAUAACUCUGACGUGGGUGGUAAAAAGGAGAGUUUGGAUUUAAGAAUAAGAAGUUCUAAUGUGCCACCAGACGGGAAUAUACAUCACAAAUUCGUACUGCCCUCCAGAUCACCAAAUGUUCGUAGAACAAAGAGAAUACGUUUGAAACCUCUGGAAUAUUGGCGAGGGGAACGGAUAGAUUACCAAGAAAGGGCAUCGGGAAGAUUUGUCAUUGGAAUAGUAUCCCCACCUCCAGUAUCACCCAGAAGAAAGUCAAAAAGAAACCUGGCCAAAGUCACCAAAAAAGCUAACAGGAAAUGGAUCCAUCGUGAUAACUAUGAAAAGGAUAAGUUAGUAGUGAAUCUGGAUAUAACUCUAGGCGAUCCCUUUCAGGCAACGUUGGCAAAGGACCCAGAAACAAGAGAGAUUGUCCCUAUGGAUCUUAUAAGACCACGAGAUACAUACCAAUUUUUUGUGGAGCAACAUGGUUUGAAAGUUUUUAAAACACUGGAUACAGCAGUUUUUUCUACUGGAAAAUUGGUUUUAGGACCCCAUGAAGAAAAAGGAAAGCAACAUGUUGGCCAAGAUAUAUUGGUUUUUUAUGUUAACUUUGGUGACCUUUUAUGUACCUUACAUGAAACACCGUAUAUGAUAACUACUGGUGAUUCAUUCUAUGUUCCUUCAGGUAAUCAUUACAACAUUAAAAACCUCUUGAAUGUGGAAAGUUGUCUUCUUUUUACUCAAAUAAAGAGAUGAAAUAUGUGUAUAUGUAUAAAAUAGGUUGUGUAUUGUAAAUUUUUGUAACUAUGAUUAUUUUAAAAUAAAACAUUUAUUUAGUUUGA